AUGGAACUCUUAGUGUUUACAGAUCAGUCGCAAUGCUCUACCCAACUCCUGGCAUCAGCAGUCGGCUCCUUUCAGAACGCCAAGAUCCUUGAUCCGUUCUUGAAGGAAUCCCUGGAAGCGAUAGCCCAGGAAGCAGGCAGCUUAGCACCAGACGAAAGAAAGUUGAUCGGAAGCUUAAAUUCUGUCGACGCCUUCCUCUCAAGCCAUGAGAAUGGGGAGGAGAGAUAUUGCGUCCUUUCAUCGACUCUUCUCCUAUGUAUGGCGCAGAUAGCGUCGAUAAUAAUCCACACUUCCCGCAAUCCUGAUUUCCUAUCGAGCAAUCAGGGACAUCAGCGUCGUGUGCUCGGGCUGUGUACUGGGCUUCUACCCUCCGUUCUGACCGGAGCGGCUACAAAUUUACAGGAACUGAUUAGUUUGGGUCCUCGUAUUGUUUGUGUAGCUCUUCGCCUUGCGCUUGAUGUUCAUCGUCGGUCACAACUCAUUGCCACUGAAGACGGCAGCUGGUCCAAGGCAGUUCGCGGCGUCUCCCUUGAAGAGCUUCAAGAUGCUUUGGAUAUUUUCGAACAGACAAAUGUAAGCUCUCCUCAUCACAAGGUGUACAUCAGCGCCAGGGCAUCUAAUAGCUUCACGGUGAGCGGCCCCCCGCGUAUCUUGGAGCGACUGUUUGCAACUUCUCCGGUCCUCCAGAGAUCGAAUUCACUGUCAUUACCUAUCUUUGGGCCGUUCCAUGCAGCUCACCUUGCGGCCACUUCUACCGACUAUAUUUUGGAGCCAGUGGCAUGUAUCCGCCGGGACAUUCGGCCUAACACGACACUCAUUUCGCCAUCGACUGGCUGUGCAUAUGAUGGGGGUUCCUUGCACCACGUUCUUCGUCAGGCAGUCGACGACAUUCUCCAAAGGGCAAUCUGUCUCGACGCUGUGGUAACGAAUCUCGCACCUUUUUGUCAUGACAUUCGCGACGGCCUCCGCAUAAUGGGGCCGACAACCGGCACCCAUGUGUUACGUCAGAAUCUGGCUACUGUGGGAAUAUCACUGGCCCGAGAUCAAUCAAUUGACAUUUUUGCAUCUGAAGAUAGCAAUGACAGCGAUGAUAUCGCAAUCAUCGGCAUGAGUGGCCGUUUUCCGGGCGGCAGGGACCUGACAGAGUUCUGGACAACACUGCAAAAGGGCAGGAGAAUGCAUAAACCAGUCCCAACGGAUCGGUUCAACGUCAACCAGUACUCAGACCUAUCAGGGCCUGGGAUGUAUGGUUGUUUCGUGGACGAUAUAGGUGACUUUGACUGUUCCUUCUUUUCCAUGAGUCCGCGGGAAGCAAAGCAGACCGAUCCUACACAGCGGCUUCUUCUCAUGGUGACAUAUGAAGCGCUCGAGACUGCCGGUUACAGCGCCAAUUGCAAUGACCGCAUCGGUACCUUCUUCGGCCAGACGACUGAUGACUGGCGUGAGGCGAACGCUGGCCAGGCACCAGAUAUCUACUAUGUUCCGGGAAACAUCCGAGCAUUCGGCCCUGGACGAUUGAACUACUUCUUCAAAUGGGACGGGCCAUCCUAUAGCAUUGAUACAGCUUGUUCAUCCAGUCUAGCUGCAAUUGAGCUUGCAUGCAACUCCUUACGUCUUGGAGAUUGCGAUGUGGCUGUUACUGGUGGUGGAAACGUCCUGACGGGGCCUAGGAUGUUCCAAGGACUGCAGAAGGGAGGCUUUCUUUCACCAACUGGCCCCUGUCAAACAUUAGAUGACCAGGCUGAUGGAUAUUGUCGAGGUGAGGGAGUGGGUGUAGUUAUUUUGAAGCGUCUCGAUAAGGCGAUUGCCGACAAUGAUCAUGUCUACGGUGUCAUCAAGGCUGUUUCGACCAACCACUCCGCAGAGGCUAUAUCCAUUACGCACCCACACCAGCAGACGCAGGAGCGAUUGUUCCAGAGGGUACUCAGACGAGCAGGCAUUUCCUGUGGGCAGGUCGAUUAUGUGGAGCUGCAUGGGACAGGAACACAGGUUGGCGAUAAAACUGAGUUGGCUUCCAUUGUUCGCAUGUUUCGGGACAGCUCGACAACGGGCCAACCGUUGCCAAUCGGCUCGGUGAAGGCUAACGUGGGCCAUGGCGAAGCGGCCGCGGGAAUCACCUCGCUGAUCAAAGCCUUGUUGAUGUUUCGAGAAAAUUACAUCCCCCCUCACACUGGGAUUGCCAACUGCAUCAAUAAAGAUAUAUCUCAGGCAAUGGGAACCAGUAUCCAAGUGCCUUUGGCCCGCGUACCCUUCACCUCACGCUCCAACGGUGGACGCAGAAGAGUUUUGGUAAAUAGCUUCAAUGCAACAGUGCGUUUGGACCCAGUUAUCUGUGCCAUUUCCCCGAAGCCUACCCUGCUUACUGAAUAUAUCAUGGCCUUUAGGGCGCAAAAUAAAAAACGUAUCCACAUUCAUGACCUAUCAUAUACAACAACUGUUCGCCGGUUGCAUCAUCAUUUUCGCGCUGCCUAUCUCGCCGCGGAUGUCGAAGGUUUGAUGGAACAGAUAUCCAAUGGGCCUGUUUCACCUUGUCUCUCUACCAAUGUCCAUGACAAGCGUCAAAUUGCAUUCAGCUUUAUUGGACAAGGAUCGCAGAGUGUCAGGCAGGUGGCAAGAAGGUUGCUGGAUGAUUGUCCGACAUUCCAGAAGCAGCUGGUCCGAUUGGAUGAUCUAACCCGUGCCUUUGGUUUCCCAUCUUUCCUAGACUAUAUCAACGACUAUGAUUGCCAUGGGAGUGAGCAUAAACCUGCAUCACCGAUAGUUGAACAGUUGUGCCUCGUUGCAUUCGAGAUUGCUAUGGCGGAUAUGUGGAUGAGCUGGGGAGUCCGUCCCGCCAUACUUCUCGGGCACAGCUUGGGAGAAUAUUCAGCGUUGUGUAUUGCGGGAGCGCUCUCUGUCAGCGAUACAUUGUUUCUGGUCGGCAAAAGAGCACAGCUUAUGGAGGAGAUAUGCACAGAGGACGCCUACAGCAUGCUGAUGGUCAAUUUAUCCAUCGCAUCGGCCCAAAAAUUGUGCUCAUUAUUUCCAACUUGCGAGAUUUCCUGUACAAAUGGGCCCAAUUCAACGAUAAUUAGUGGGCGUAAGGCCCAAAUCCAAGCCUUUCAGUCGAAAUUGGAUUCCGACGGGAUCCGGGCUGAGCAAAUGUCGCUGCGGUAUGCAUUCCAUUCAGCUCAAAUGGACCCGGUACUUGAGCCUUUUGCUUCCAUCGUCCGAAACAUUCCUCUUGCGAAGCCGAGGAUCCCGAUUUUGUCUCCACUACUGGGCAGGAUGCUCCCAGAAGAUACAGAGAUCAUCCCCGAAUACUUAGUCCGCCACAUCAGGGAGCCGGUCAACUUUGUGGGGGCAAUGGACAGUGGCGUCGGACAGGUGGCACAGAAUGGCAGCAUCUCCUGGUUGGAAUGUGGCCCCGGAUCGGGAUGUCUUAGUAUGAUCAGGUCAUGCAAAAAGAUCCCUAGCUCGCAUUUGCUUCCCAGCAUGAAAAGAGGCGUAGAUGGCUGGAAGUGCAUCUCAGAGGCACUUGUCCAUUUGUAUCGCCAAGGGCAUGACAUCAUCUGGCCUUCUAUUCAAUGCGACGGGGAACCUAAGGCGCAGUUGCUGGAGCUACCAAAUUAUGCCUUCCAAAAUCAGCGGCACUGGAUCGAUCAUGUCAAGGAGGACCAACAGUCAUCGCCCACUGCUGCACUUAAAAUUCCGUUCUUGUCAACCUGUGUCCAAUAUCUACAACCAAAAACAGCCAAAAGCGAAGAUAUUCUUACAAGGACGUUUGUUUCCGACGCGAAGGACCCUCAGUUGUUGGCUGCUAUUGAGGGUCACCGUGUACAUGGUCAAGGAUUAUGUCCAAGUUCGGUCUAUGUGGACAUGGCCAUCACCUCCAUGCAGUACUCCUUCACUGAUCCUCCCAAGAGGGAUGUAAAUUCCAUAAUUGGCGUCGAGGAUGUUGAAAUCUUUCAUCCCUUGAUUGUCUCGGAUGCUGGGCCAGAGACAAAGGUGGUCAUCGAAACAACACCCAUAGCAGCAUCCAAAACUGUCACUGUGACAGUGAAGUCAGAACAGGAAACAGGUACCAGUGCCACCCAUUCAACCUGUCACGUUCACCUAUUAGACACAAAGAAGCAGCUGUCGCAGUGGAAACGUUUCUCUGGCUUUGUGAGUACCAGAAUCGAGCAGCUGAAGGACCUCACCCAGCACCCCGGAAUCUGCCAUAUGCCUGGGGAUCUGGUGUAUCGGAUGUUCGCAGACAUUGUCGACUACGACACAAAAUACCACAGCAUCCGACAGAUCUUCAUGGACUGUGAACGAAAUGAAGCAUGCGGGACGAUCCAACUGCCUGGGCCAGAGGAACACGGCCAGUUCACCUGCUCUCCAUAUUGUACCGACGGUAUUAUCCAUUUUGCCGGGUUCAUUCUGAACAACUCUCUGAGUCGACCUAAAGACACGGCAUAUAUCUCUACCGGAUGGGAAAGUCUACGGCUGAUCCCCAGUCGGCUUCAGGCUAAGACAUACAAGAUUUACGCUUGCAUGCGCGAGGAGGAGAAAUCUAGACUUUGGGUCGGAGAUAUUUACCUCCUUGAUGGCGAUGAGAUCAUAGCGACCUGUUUCAAGCUGACAUUUCGGCAAAUGAAUAUGGCUGUCCUUCGGAGUUUGGUGAACACUCCGGAUCACCAAGGAAUCUCUCCCCCGGGCCAAUACGAACAUGGAUCAAAGAUAGUACCACUGGAGGCCGUUUCUUCUCCUCUAUCAACGAACUAUUUAGCCAGCGUAUCCGCAAUCAUUGCAGAGGAGCUUGCCAUCGAUGCAUAUGCGAUGAAAGAACAUACUUUAAUGGAAGAAAUGGGAGUCGAUUCCAUACUUGCUGCGUCCAUUUCGAGCAGAGUACAAGACACCAUAGGCAUCGCGCUGCCAAUGAGCCUUUUUGCAGGGAAGUCAAGUCUAUCCCAUAUCUUCAGCUAUCUCCGACAACACCAGGGCAGUCAGCCGACAACUUCGAAUGGCUCCAGUACCUUAUCCACACCGUCAUCAACCCCUAGCAUCAGGUCCAACCACGGCAGUCAGGGGAAAUCGCUUUUCAACGACUUCCUUACCGUAUUGGUCAGCCAGACAGGAAUCCUCUUGGCUGAUAUUCAAUCGCAUACUCGAUUCGAGGAACUGGGUGUAGAUUCCCUCUUGUCUAUUGCCGUGUUAUCCAUGUUUCAAGAUGUUACAGGCAAAGCUCUUCCUGCAUCCGUCUUCCAGAACAAUCCCACCAUCGGAUCAAUGCGCACCCUUCUUUCAGGAUCGGACGUCGCAUGGACUCGCCAAGAAAUUGUUAAGAGUGAGCCGGCAUCAGCAUCAACAGCAUUAAUUUCGCCCCAAACGUACUCUCACUUUGCUAGCCUUCUCCAGGGCGACCCAGACUCUGCCCUUCCGCCAUUGUUUCUCAUUGCUCCUGGGUCAGGCUACCCUGGAUCUUACAUGAAUCUCCCCCAGUUGCGGAGCAAAGUACCCAUCUAUACCAUGGAGUCUCCAUUUCUUCAACGGAUACCGCCAGAAGGCUGGACGAUGGAAGAUGCAGCGUCUCUCUACAUCAAAGAAAUCCGCCGCGUGCGGCCUCGGGGACCCUACCUCCUCGGCGGAUGGUCCAUAGGAGGCAUGUACGCGUACGAGAUAACCCGCCAGCUUCUCCUUACCGAACAAGACGACGUUCUAUGUAUCGUCAUGAUCGACAGCCCUUGUCCUACACCGAUACCCGAUAUGCCGAUUCCCACUGUUGAGGCGGUUGAGCUGACGGGCCUGUAUGCACCGGUCAAGAGGAAAGGGUUGCCCGAUAUUGACAUGCCAUUGCAUCUCAAAGAACAUACGGUUGGAUCGUUGAAUGCUCUGCGAAAAUAUGAGCCCAGACCGUUAGAAUCUAAUCGGAGGCCACGGUUAGUGGUUCAGAUAUGGGCUAGCAUGGGGCAGUAUGAUCAGCUUCCGGAGCGGUUACAAGAGGCGUCGGAAUUGCUUGCCGCUCAGAAGGCGGGCACCUUGUCGAAGGAUUAUGUUUUGGGGGAGGGAGUGGGGAGGGAAUGGCAGACAGAGCCACGUCAGUCUUUUGGGCCGUGUGGAUGGGAUCAACUCACUGGUGCUGUGGAAUGUCAUGUCGUUACUGGCGACCAUGAGUCUAUCAUGAGUCCACCUCAGAUUAGUGUGACUGGGUCGCUCCUGGAGGAUGCUAUUGAGCGGGCUCUUGCAAUGAGAUGA